CUCGAAACAAUGUAUUGGGCUUUCCUAAUGGGACGUGACCAAUAGGCCCACGUAAUUCUGAAUCACAGGUCCCCAGAAUUCAAUUCAAGACAUAUAGAAUUUCAUCAUCGCCAGCUCAAAUUCGCCUGAAACAAAUUCAAGCUCUCAAGUAUCAUCCUCCCCAUUUUCUCAUUGGUCGCUAUUAGUCGUCACCAUGACGCAGAAAUCGCAAAACCAGAGCCAUAACUGAGCCGGUGAUCCAUCCAAAUCCCGAUCUUGAAUCAAAUGGCCGGCGCCGCCUCGGCGCUUUUCCUGCUAGACAUCAAAGGCCGAGUUUUGAUUUGGCGCGACUACCGUGGCGAUGUCUCUGCUGCUCAGGCCGAGCGUUUCUUCACCAAGUUCAUCGAGAAAGAGGGCGAUCAGCAGUUGCAAGAUCCUGUGGUGUAUGACAAUGGAGUCAGCUACAUUUUCGUACAGCAUAACAAUAUCUACUUGAUGAUUGCGUCGAGGCAGAACUGCAAUGCUGCUAGCUUAGUGCUAUUCCUGCACCGUGUAGUUGAUGUCUUUAAGCAUUAUUUUGAAGAGCUAGAAGAGGAGUCUCUGCGAGACAAUUUCGUCGUAGUGUAUGAGUUGCUCGAUGAAAUUAUGGACUUUGGUUUCCCGCAAUACACUGAAGCAAAGAUCCUCAGUGAGUUUAUCAAGACGGAUGCCUACAGGAUGGAGGUUACGCAACGUCCUCCCAUGGCAGUCACAAAUGCAGUGUCUUGGCGCAGUGAAGGGUUACGAUAUAAGAAGAACGAAGUCUUCCUGGAUGUGGUAGAAAGUGUCAACAUACUUGUCAAUAGCAAUGGACAAAUAAUACGGUCAGAUGUUGUUGGGGCCCUAAAGAUGAGAACAUAUUUGAGUGGUAUGCCCGAGUGUAAGCUUGGACUAAAUGAUAGAGUUCUGCUGGAGGCUCAAGGUCGAACAACAAAAGGAAAAGCCAUUGAUCUGGAUGAUAUCAAGUUCCAUCAGUGUGUACGUUUGGCUCGUUUUGAAAAUGACCGCACUAUUUCCUUCAUACCCCCUGAUGGAGCAUUUGAUUUGAUGACAUAUAGACUCAGUACUCAGGUGAAGCCUCUUAUCUGGGUGGAAGCACAAGUUGAAAAGCAUUCUAGAAGUCGUAUUGAAUUCACGGUAAAAGCAAGGAGCCAGUAUAAGGAGCGGAGCACGGCUACACAUGUUGAAAUUGAUUUGCCUGUUCCUGCUGAUGCUACCAAUCCUAGUGUCCGCACGUCAAUGGGAUCUGCUGCAUAUGCUCCUGAGAGGGAUGCCUUAGUCUGGAAAAUCAAAUCUUUUCCUGGUAAUAAGGAGUAUAUGUUGAGGGCUGAGUUUAGGCUUCCUAGUAUUAUCGCUGAAGAUGCAGUUCCGGAAAGAAAAGCUCCCAUUCGUGUGAAGUUUGAGAUACCAUAUUUUACGGUCUCGGGAAUUCAGGUCCGGUACCUAAAAAUCAUUGAGAAAAGUGGAUAUCAGGCUCUUCCAUGGGUGAGAUACAUAACAAUGGCUGGUGAAUAUGAACUGAGACUAAUCUAAAGGCAACUUGCUUGUUGUGCUGCUUUCAAUCGCGUAAAUAGAAUACAUUCCACCGGAGAAUUCCUUCAAUUUCAUCUCCAGUGAUCUUUUUAUGCUGUAUUGGUUUUUGUUUGAUUAUACCAUUGGUUUAUAGCGCAAUAGGUUACCAAAGAAGUUUUUCAACCAAUUUUUCUGUUUUGCUUUUCUUUUUUGUUAUAAUGGACGGCAGAUUUUGUUUCUGACCCAAGCUUUUUCCUUAUUUAAAGUUAGUGAUAGGAAAUUGU